AGAGAGACAGAAAGCGAAAUAUGGAAGGUGGGGCUAAGGGGAAAGUUUGCGUCACUGGCGGCACUGGAUUCAUCGGCUCAUGGCUCGUGAAGAAGCUUUUGGAGAGUGACUAUUCUGUCAAUACCACUGUAAGAUCCGACCCAGAGAAGAAAAGAGACUAUAGCUUUCUGACAAAUCUACCCGGAGCAUCGGAAAGACUCCAUAUAUACACUGCUGAUCUGAAUGAUCCAGAAAGUUUUGGCCCUGCCAUUGAAGGCUGCAUUGGAGUGUUUCUUGUGGCUAAUCCAAAUCCUGGGGGCCAAGAGCCUGUGGAAUCUGUGGUAAGGAAAACUACUGAUGGAACAUUGGGGAUUUUGAAAGUUUGUCUGAAUUCCAAGACAGUGAGGCGAGUUGUGUACACUUCUAGUGCAGCCUGUAUGGAGUUUACUCCCAACAAAGUGGAUUUUUUGGAUGAAAGCUGUUGGAGUGACAUUGAUGUCAUUAAUGAACAAGUACCAUAUUUUAAAUCUUAUCCAAUUUCCAAGACAUUGGCUGAAAGAGCAGCUCUUGAGUUCUCCCAACAACAUGGAUUGGAAGUUGUCACUGUCCUUCCAACUUGCGUUACUGGUCCCUUCAUUUGUCCCAACCUUCCCACCUCUGUCCGCAUGACAUUGGCUCUGGUUUUUGGGAACGAGGCAUUAUAUGGAUUCUUUUUAAAUGCAAACAUAGUGCAUGUAGAUGAUGUGGCCAGAGCACACCUUUUUCUUUUUGAACAUCCAAAUGCCAACGGAAGAUAUAUUUGCUCCUCCCACAAAACGACAUUGGAAGAGUUGGCUAAAUUCUUUUCUGCCAAAUAUCCAGAAUUUCAAAUGCCAUCUCUUGAGUCCUUGAAAGAUGUCAAAAGCUUUGUCAAAGAUAACAAUUGUAUGAUCUCGUCGAAGAAGCUUUUGGAUAUCGGUUUCGAAUACAAGUAUGGAGUUAAUGAGAUAUUUGAUGGAGCAAUCCAAAGCUGCAAAGAAAAGGGUCAUCUCUAGCCUAUUAAUAAGGCCUCUCAAUUGCAGAAAGAGGACGAAACGAGUUGAUAUGACUUGUUUUUCCAUGUCAUACAUCAUAUUUAUGCUUGCAAAAACUCUUUUCAGGUUUCGGUUUCUGUAUUUCUUUGGAUAUGAUCAAAACCCGAAUGCUUCCUCGGUUCAAGAAGUCGAAAUAAGAAAGUCAAACCAUUUUUUCUUACCA